AUGCUUGAAGACGACGACACAUUCCUCCCUACGCCUCAAGACAGACUCAAAGCCGACAUUAGCGAUCUACGCCAUCGAUUGAACAAGGCACGAGAAGAAAAGCAACGAUUGGAGCGUGAAAUCAUGGAAGAGCGGAUAGGAUAUAUUGCUGCAACACGCUUUUCAGAGGAAAUUCGAGAUACGACGCGUUACAAGGCUUCUCAAAUGACGCAAAUUCAACAACAGAUCCUCGAGCAAUGGAUGGCAGUGUCGUCGGCACGAUGUGUACAAGAAAUAGUGGGCUAUUAUCGUUUGGCUGGACGCACCACCUUUCAAUUUCAAGGGAAUACGGGUAUCCGGCUUGAGACAUAUUACAAAGCCAAGUACUACGAGCCUUAUUACCUUCUUUUGAGCAAUCCUGCAUCCAUGAAAUACAAUUCUAUCUCAGUCGCCCAGCAUACAAUUCCUUUCUUCAUUCCAGUGCAAGAGAUGGUGGAUACAUUCCUGCCACAUGAUAUGGAGGCUUUAUUACGGAUACUUCAUGUGUUUUUACUUGCGUAUGUAUCGAGACGAGAGCAGGUGGAAGAACUCGGCGUCUAUUGCAAAGAGCGAGCCUCCUUUGUUGGCAUUUCUGCUGAGAGAAAGGCGAAAGAUCAUAUCAUCCUAGCAGAAAAAAUCGACGUGGAGCAGGACAAGGAGGACAAGGACAACAACAACACGACGAUCCGAGUCGAAUUGAUCUAUGACGACUUGACAUCCGAAUAUCCUACCAAAGUGAAGACGAGCAUACCUUCUUUGAUCCAAACGACCUAUGACACAAAAGAGAUAGAGACAAAAUUUCAGACAUACAAGCUAUUGGAUGCAUAUAAAACAAUUUUUAGUGCGUGA